GUUUAGUAAUCUUUUGUUCAAUUUACAGAAAACUAGUAAAGGAUAGUCCACCAAGUUAUGUGGCUAUUUACUAACAGGGAUUCAGACAGCUUGUUGGGAUCAGCUACCUCAUUAGGCUUGAACUUUUCUCAUGACCCAGUCCCUGGUUUCUCUAUUGACCCACCCAACUCAGAACCAUUAGGAACGAUUUAUGGUCCAUAUGAUUUCAAAUGGCGACUUCUCCCUGGUCAGAAAAGAAAACCAAAGAAGAGGUUACUUUGUUUGUGUGCAACCUAAGUUCGAAUGCUGCAACCAGGGAAGCUAGUACUAUUCUGUCUAUUUUUCAAAGCACAGUCAAGUGGAUGAAAACAUUACGUCAUCCAAAUAUGCUUACUUGGAUCGGUGGAUCAGAGAUUGGUUCAGGGAAAUUACCUAACGAAAUUGGCUUUGUUACGGAACGUGUUCUACCAUUACGGGAAUAUCUACGCAUUAAAGCAGAUUGUGGAAAUUUCAACCUUCUCUCUUCAUGGGGUAUACAUCAGAUCGCCAAAGCGUUAAUUUUCUUAAAUGAUGACGGUAAAUUGGCACAUAAUGCUGUGCGUUUAGAUAGCGUAUUUGUAACUACAGCUGGUGAAUGGAAGUUAGGCGCUUUAGAUUUUGUCGGACCUGUCAAUGAACCUCCACCGUCUACUAGACAAACAGCAGGUUUUGUGGAUGCAAAUACAACAGAUCCGUACAUGCCUACAGACAAUCGUCUCGUUGAUUCAUGGGGUUUGGGAUGUUUAAUAUGGGAAAUAUUUAAUCCGUCUUCAACAUUAAAAGAUCGCGCUCAGUUAAUUGAAUCUUCAUAUUCGAAGAGGAUUCCUAAAGCAUUAGUAAAUGAUUAUCGACGUCUCAUUGCUCAAAGUGCUACAAAAGGUGGAGUGAAACGAUUCACCGUGUCUCAAUUUCUCCAGUCAACUCGUAAUUCAGAAAAACAAGGAUUUUUAGCCAAUGAUUACGUAGAUACAUUAUUAUUUUUAGAAGAGAUUGAAUUAAAGGAUAGUAUGGAAAAAUCAACAUUUUUAAAAAAUCUUGCCACACAAAUAACAAGUUUCCCAGAUGAUGUAUGCCGUCAUAAAAUACUACCUCAUUUAGUUAAUGGUUUACGUUAUGGAUCUGCUGGAGUUGAUGCUCUUCUACCUGUAUUGCGUCUUAUUCCAUUGUUAUCGGAUAAUGAUUUUCAAACCUAUGUUCUCCCAUGUCUUUUAAAAUUGUUCUCAUCACCUGAACGUGCAACACGUGUACGCCUUUUAGAACAUCUACCUGAUUUUGUACAACAUUUGCAAACAAAAUGUAUAGAAACACAAAUUUUCGGUCCAGUUUCUGCUGGUUUCACAGAUACACAUCCGGUUGUACGUGAAGCGACUGUACGUGCAAUGAUUCAUUUGGCACCAAGACUUUCAACAAAACUACUAAAUGAGAAUUUAAUAAAGCACAUAAUAACAUUACAGUCACGGGAUGCACAAGGUGGAAUUCGUACUAAUGCAACUGUAUGUUUGGCAAAAUUAGCAUCAUAUUUUUCAACACAAACACAACAAGGUUCGAUUUUAGGCGCUUUUCUUCGAGCAACUCGUGAUUCAUUCUUGCCGAAUCGUCAAGCAGCAAUAACUGCCUUAGCUGCUACACAAGAAUAUUACACAAAUGAUCUAUUAGCUGGAAAAGUUUUACCUUGUUUGUCAUUCUUAACGACUGAUACAGAGAAGUCAAUACGUGAUGAUACAUUUCGUGCCAUACGUGGAUACUUGAUCGAUUGGAACAUGCUAGUGAACAUGACACAUCUAAUCAAUGGAGCAUCUUCAGCUAGUGCACUUACUCAAUGGGCUUUGUCUGCUUUGUCAUUUUCUACUCGUAUUUUACCAUCAUCAUCAACAACGACAACUACAGCCACGACAAAAUCGUUUGAUACGGAUGUACAAUCAACGUCCGAUCCUUCAUUAUCAUCGUCAGCAUCACAACUCAAUAGAAACUCAAAUGGCUUAGAAAGAAUUGAAGAAAAACAGUGCAGUAAUAAUAUUUUAGGAAAUUCCAAUAAAUCUGCUCGAUUAAUUUCAUCCAAAUCAGCUUCAAAGUCGACUGUUAAUCAUGACAAAGAAUCAAAUUCAUGGGAUCUUAUGGACAAUACUAAUAAUGAUGAUGACGGUGGUGAUGAUGAUUGGAAUUUAGAUAUAAAUGAUGUUUUUGAAGAUGUAGAUGACAAUAAAUCAACAUUAAAUCAUAACUCAGAAAAUAAAAAUUUCUUAUCAGAAUCUAAUAUUCCCCCACUUACACCUUCAUCCUAUUGGGAUUAUCAACCAUCGUGUAAUCAAGAAACAAAGAAUAAAAUUGACUUGGAUUGGAAUUCAAAUGAAUUUUUUGAUAGUCUUACUCUAAACGAGAAUCCAAUUGAAAAGAGAACAAGUAAAAAGAAAUCAACUGUUAAAUUAUCACAAUCUUCAGAUAUAAUGAAAAGCUUACCGUCGACAAAUCAUUCGAAUUAUCAAUCAAAAAAGUCAUCAUCUGAACAUGUUCCAACUCGAACUAAUUCUAGUAAAACUGAUAAGCCUAUAAAAUCAUCGAAAAGACAACAAAGUGAAUCAAAUAAAUCAAACGUUGUCAAUAAUACUAGUAAUGAUGAUGAUGAUGACUGGGGCGAUUGGUAG